UUCAUUUCGAAAUCAAUGUCUUUGUGUUGUUUGUAAUAGUUUUUAGCUACCUGCGCAGGGAGUGCUGACUGUGAGCCCUAUGUAGUAUAUAAACUGUACAGUACUGGUUUGUGGCACUGAUUAGCGAUAGUAGUGUGACUCUAUGCACGAAGGUAGCAGAGUCUAAGAAGCCCUUCCACACAAUACCAUUUCUGUACAUUUGUAGUAAGGAAUUACUUCAUUCAUAAGGGCAGCAGCACUGCAUGCAGUCCUACUCAUCACGUACCAGGCCCUAGGCCGGUAGUUGAGCAGCCUACAACUGAUCUGUCACCUUAUUAUUACUGCCACUUAUACUUACGCAACGAUGGAAAAAAUCUCUGCCAUUGUGGUACCCGGUGGAGGUCUAUCUGAGAAUGGCGCAGUCACUCCCUGGGGUAAGUUGGGGAAAGUAGGGGACAUGACACAACACAACCAAGAUCUCACUUUGGCGCGUGGCAGCUGGCCUCAGCCCGCUCGGUGAAUGUGAUCCAUUUGAACGUCGUCUCGAUCAUGCCAUCAUGCGCUGGAAAGAGUGCACGGAGCGGCUGGCACAGCGUACAUGCGACAGCAAUGCCUCUUCAGGUUGCUCAGACACCUGUCUGCCGAAGAUCAUUACCCUCAGCGCUGGCACAAGCCACAAGCCGCCACCUAGAGACUGCAAUGGCUUUCCUGUGUUUGAAUCCUGUGCCAGUGCAGAUUUCCUGAUCAAGGCAGGAAUACCGUCAUCGUGCGUUCUCAUGGAGUGGUCGUCAUAUGACACGAUUGGCAAUGCGUACUUUGCACGCACGCAGCACACAGACGUCCUCGGCCUGAGAACUCUGCUGGUGAUCACGUCUGAAUUCCACAUGCCACGCACCAGGGCGAUAUUUGAGUGGGUAUUCUCUUUACCAGUCACUGCUCAAGUCCAGUCGUCGUCACCACUCGAAACAGGCUAUAACCUGAUGUUUGAAGACGUUCCGGACUCUGACACCAUGGCACUAGAUACUCUUGAGUCGCGGCGUACCCGCGAGGCACAGAGCCUGCAGAAGCUGCAGGCGGGCGCAAUGAAGACGUGCACUGACCUGCGCUCACUUCACGCGUUUCUCUUCAACGAGCAUGCUGCAUACGCCGCGGGGAAAGCGUUCCAGCGGUCUCAAGGCACUGUGUCGGAGUCCGUCUUGAAAACGUAUUGAUAGCACGGAGACUCGCGUUCUUGUUAACGUGAUGCUGCACCCUGCCGGAGACACGGCACACUACCAUGGUUUGUCUAGCUGCAGUGGGGGACUGUUUGUUGGACAAAAGUUGAAAGAUAAGAUACUGGACCAUUUCCUGAAGUGGUGUACUGCUGCCCCGUGACAUCACUGCACGAUGGAGGAAGUAUCCAGUGACUAGUUGCCAUCCUUUCGUGCUUUUACCGACAGCUUCCAGGGACGAUCAAUCGCAAUUGGCAAGCAGAGCACACUCAACUGGUCACCAUUCGGUUCGCUGGAAA